AUGAGUAGCCCCAAGCGGAGGAUAGAGACCGAUGUCAUGAAGCUCAUGAUGAGCGACUAUGAAGUUACACUGGUCAACGACAAUAUGCAGGAAUUCUACGUUAUCUUCAAAGGACCGUCAGAGACACCUUUUGCGGAUGGCAAAUGGAAAGUCCACGUCGAGCUACCCGAUCAGUACCCCUACAAGUCUCCCUCGAUCGGUUUCGUCAACAAGAUAUUCCAUCCAAACAUCGAUGAAGGGUCAGGUUCAGUGUGCUUGGACGUCAUCAACCAGACCUGGUCACCAAUGUUCGACAUGAUUAACAUCUUCGAAGUAUUCCUGCCACAGCUCUUGAGGUAUCCCAACCCUACCGACCCUCUCAAUGGAGAAGCAGCUGCAAUGUUGAUGCGAGAACCUCGGGGCUACGAUGCCAAAGUCAAAGAAUACAUUACUCAAUAUGCAACGAACAUCCAUGACGAGCAUGAUGAGGACGAACACGAAACCGACGGCGAGUUGAGCGAAGUUGAAGACUUCAACAGCGACGGCGAAGAUGAACCUGCUGGUGCAAUGGAAGAUGUCUAA